GAUACCUGCCAUACUGUAACGGAGCACGGUGUAUGCGCCUGACACGCUGAGUUUAACGGACACGCACGCAACGUUAACGCCAUGUGGACCGCGGUGACGGAGCGUUACGAGACGUUUUUAACGGAGAAAAACAUACUAACGGAUUGUUUAACGGACCUCGAGCGGCGCACCGGUGUGAAGAAACAGUACAUUAUCUCAGGUGCACUGUGCAUCAUAACGCUGUACCUGUUAUUUGGAUAUGGUGCGUCUCUUCUCUGUAACUUGAUUGGAUUCGCCUACCCUGCCUAUGCAUCUGUGAAAGCGAUUGAGAGCAGAAAUAAAGAGGACGACACACAGUGGCUGACGUACUGGGUGGUUUAUGGUCUCUUCAGUGUGGGCGAGUUUUUCUCUGACAUUUUCCUCUUCUGGUUUCCGUUUUAUUACGCUGGAAAGUGUGUGUUCCUAUUAUGGUGCAUGGCCCCUGUGUCCUGGAACGGUUCUCAGCUGAUCUACACUCGAGUUGUUCGUCCGUUCUUCCUGCAGCACGAGGCAGCGAUCGACAGUGUGGUGAAAGACCUGAGCGGAAAAGCUAAGAGUGCAGCGCAGUCCACUGCUAAAGAAGGUUUCACUCUGCUGGCCAGUGCUAAGGAUAAAUGAUUGUUUUCAGCAGGUGAUGUGAAGAAAAGGACAAUUUUUUUUUCACCACAGUGCCUAUCAUCAUCAUCCUCAUCAUCAUCCUCAUCAUGUUCAGCGACGGAGCACCAGCUGUUUAUAUUUUAUUAAUAUUGUCCUUACAAAUGUGAAUUCAUGUAAACUUUGUGACUUCACUCCAUAGUGAUCUUGUUCAUCAAGAACAAUGUGUUUGUGUUUCCACAUCAGUUUUAAUACAUAAAAUAUUAAUAAACAUAAACUACAUCUGA